AUGGAAUCUCCGGACCGUCAAUGUCCUGGCAAAAAUUGUGACGCUAAGCAGCUUUCCGUGGAUUCCUUGGUACCUAACAAGACAGUACGACGAGCAGCAGUAGCAUGGUCGAUGGGGGGUCCUGGCUCAGGAAAUCCAGAUCAAGAACAUAUGAGAUUUAGAAUAGGGCUUCAACCGUCGAUGCCGGUCUCAGCGGCAUCCACUCCACCACAGUCAUCAUCUCCGGGCGUAUCUCAACAAUCCGCAGUUGCUACUGCACCCGUAGUUGCGGUUCCUCCUCAAGAGCCUGUUCAGGCUCAAGCCUCUCCAACUCCUUUCUCCACUCAGCCAGCGGUUUCCGUUCCGGUCCCCUCCUCAUUCUCGCAGCCACCUCCAACUAUGGUACCAACAGCUGUAGCUAGUUCAUCCUCGUCAGGCGAUACACUUCUUCCUCCUGGAACAUCAACUCUUCCACCGCAACCGCUUACAUUACCCCUCACAACUAUACAAACAGCCAAUAGCCUACCACCAAUCCCUGGCGUGGGCCUACCAAUGCAGCAUCAAUUACUUGUACCAACAAAUUCGUCAUAUUUAUACAACCAACCUCCGCCUACUAUGAAUCUUGGUGCUCCUCAGCCUCAAAUCAUGGAUGCUUGGGAUGCUUUUCUGCACAGAAAGGAUCGUGAACGUGAAAGGCCACGAAAGAGAGCCAGGUUCUUUUUCCAUCAACUUUGGCAUUUUGUUCAUUUAAAAAGGAUUUAGUA